CUGUUUCUGAUCAUUGGUAUACCGGUGCCACGCGUCGCGAAUCGACACAACCUUAAACGUCACAAUAAUUAUAAAAAUGACGAUGUUAGCAGUAAUUAGCAAAUUCUGGCAGGAGUAUACGAAAUCCACGCCGAAGAAACUCAAGAUAAUUGAUGCUUAUCUAUUUUAUGUGUUCCUAACUGGUGUUAUACAAUUCAUUUACUGCUGUCUUGUUGGGACGUUCCCGUUCAACAGCUUUCUCAGUGGAUUUAUUUCUUGUGUUUCCUGCUUCGUACUCGGAGUUUGCUUACGACUGCAAGUGAAUCCACAGAAUAAAAACCAAUUUCAUGGGAUAAGUCCUGAGAGGGGAUUCGCAGACUUCAUUUUUGCACAUAUUAUUCUUCACAUUGUUGUAAUGAAUUUCAUUGGUUAAACACUUAGGUAACAAAUUUGUAUAACUUUCUAAUAAAACAUUCACGGUUGUUGAAACUGACCAUGUCAUAAAAAAAAUGUCUGCACAGUUCAAAAUGAAUAAUGAUGAAGUUAUAGAUUGAAAUUUAUUUUUGUUAUAGAAUUCUUGUGUGCUAAAUUCUACUUGUAAAGUUAAUAAAUAAAUCGAAAAUUCAGAACCAAAA